AUGCCUUAUGUGGAUCGUCAGAAUCGCAUUUGUGGCUUCCUGGACAUCGAGGAGCAUGAAAACAGUGGCAAGUUUCUGCGGAGAUAUUUUAUCCUGGACACCAGCCAAAAUAGCCUGCUUUGGUACAUGGACAAUCCACAGAACCUUCCUGCAGGUUCCCCUUCUGUAGGGUGUCUUAAGCUCACAUAUAUUUCAAAGGUGAGCGAUGCCACCAAGCUCAGACCAAAGGCUGAAUUUUGUUUUGUAAUGAAUGCUGGCAUGAGAAAAUACUUCCUGCAAGCCAAUGAUCAGCAAGAUUUAGUAGAAUGGGUUAAUGUCCUUAAUAAAGCAACCAAAAUUACAGUACCAAAACCUUGUGACCAACCAUGCCCUGCAGACAGCGUGAACAACCAGCUUGAAUACACAGGCAGUAAAAAACAGAUUUCUUACAAGACUGAAAUUGUAGGUGGUGUUCCCAUUAUCACCCCCACACAGCAGCAAGAACUCAGUGAAUGUGCCAACACUGGUGACAGAGGCAACCUAAAACGCAGCCAAAGCCAGCUCCCAUCUCCCCCUUAUCGGUUAUCUGAGGGCGGUGUGAUAAAAGCCGGAUACUGUGUUAAACAGGGGGCUGUGAUGAAGAACUGGAAAAGAAGAUUCUUUCUCCUAGAUGAGAAUACAAUAGGAUACUUCAAAUCUGAAUUGGACAGGGAGCCACUGCGAUUGAUACAACUGAGAGAGGUGCAGAAAGUACAGGAGUGCAAACAGAGUGACAUCAUGUUGAGAGACAAUUUGUUUGAAAUUGUAACAAGCUCACGAACAUUUUUCGUACAGGCUGACAGUCCAGAAGAAAUGAACAGCUGGAUCCGAGCCAUAUCUGGUGCUAUUGUGGCACAGCGUGGGCCAGCAAGAUCAGCAGCUUCUAUGCGACAGGUCAGACGUCUUUCAAACCCCUGUAUUCCGAGGUAUACGGGCAGCCAGAGGCCCUCACCUCAUACUCCGAGCACAGCUCCUCUUUUCGCUCCUUCAGUCUCCCUCACUCGACCGCCCGACUUCAGCAUUCUGACCCCGGGCCACCAUAUCGGGAUAGGGACGAGUCUAGCACCUUUGCCAAGAACCAACCAGGAUAUCCCAAGAUCACGACUGUCUCUCCAGGAAACCAGACUAGCAAAAUGAGCCCUUUUUUGUCCAAUACCACAUCCAUUGGUCUGCCAGACAUGGGUGUUGAUAUAGAUGAUGCCAGCCUACCAGUCUCUGAUGUCUGA